UCCACAGCGCCCUGCCCUCUGCGCGUCCCCGUGCAGCAGGGCUCGAGCCGUUAACGGAGUGGCGGAUCGCGGACGUGUGAUCACGCGUUUCUCCCGAUCAAAAUAUCCGCCAGAGCCCGCGUUCAGUUUGACGACAGUUCGGCGAUAUCUGGAUUACGAUGGCGCGCGCGGGUUCGUGAGGAAAGCGCUGUCGUUCGCGGAAGAGAUGUGGUUCGUUCCAUGGCGACAUGAUGACCCCAGUGAUCUGACCCCCAUGACCCUCCUUUGACAGUCUUUGCUGUGAACAAGUGCUGAGCAACAGGUUUAAAACUAAGAGCUAAUAAAAAACUGUACUGAGGGCACAGUUUGUAAACUGUGUGUGAAAGAGACGUUCACCCUUUCGAUUGUGUGUAUGAUGGAGGGCUUUCCUGUCCACUGACGCUGCAGCACUGCCCUGCAGUCAUGUCUGCAUGCAACACCUUCACUGAACAUGUGUGGAAACCAGGGGAGUGCAAAAACUGUUUUAAGCCCAAGAGCCUUCACCGGCCUUCAGAGCAAGCCAAUGCUGCCAGUGAGAUCAAGACAAACAUCUGUGCCAAACUCACAAACAGCCAGAGGAGCAUUUCCUCAUCCCGUGCAGGGCAGGUCCGCCCACCUGUCGCUAAGAAGCCUACUAUUGCAGUAAAGCCUACCAUGAUGCUGCCAUGCUCCCCACCAGGGUUGGACUCGGAGGGAAAUGUGCCAAGGCUUACGGAGGGAGCGCAGGUCACUAAAAGCUCACCUUUCACUGUGUCAAACCAAAACAGCCUGAACAGCUUGAGGCACACAGGAACAAACAACAACCAAGGGGAGGAUUUGGUCGGACAAGCAGAGGCAUAUGGUGCAGUUUCCCUUCAGCCAACUACUAGCAACAACAACGGACUGACAGAUGUGCUAAAAGAGAUUGCUGGCCUGGGACCUUCUUCAAGUUCAAGUAGAGACAACUUCUUUGGCCGGAUCUGCAGUUCAUACCGGCGCUCAUUAGAGAGGGGCCUUCCAGCAUCAAGCUGUAUCCAUGCUGGGAGUGGUGGUAGAGGAGCAAUGAAACGUGUUUCCCUCAGUGACAGUGCGGAGGUCAUCAGCUCUGAGGGAGGGCGUUUCUGUUAUCCAGAAUUCUCCAGUGAUGGUGACGAUGAGGAGGAAGAGAGUGGUGAGGAUGAUGACGAUGGAGAGCAUGACAGUUGGGAUGAAAGCGAUGAGGAGUUGCUAGCAAUGGGGAUACGUAUGCGGGGUCAACCUAGGUUUGCCAAUUUCCGUGCAGCUACUCUGUCCCCGGUUCCCUUCGCUGUAGGUAAGAAGUGGAAUACGGUGCCUCUGCGCAACCGCUCCCUCCAGCGGUUUUGUGCAGUGGAUUACGAUGACAGUUACGAUGAGAUUCUCAACGGAUACCCGUCUGUUGACUCAAAUGGAGCUCCUGCUCUUCUGUCAUACACCUCUGACCACCAGGGUAGUGGCUUUCUGUCCACUUCUGAGUCCACCACCUCACCCGAGUCCUUGAUUUCUCUGCCCGACGAGUCCUGCCCUGGCAGCUGUAGAGGCACUGGUGACCAGAGAAAUGGUUUUCCUUUCUCACCUAGCAAAGAACCCUCAUCCAAAGAACUGAGUUCGCCAAAACCCAAUGAAACACAUAAAGCUGUUCUAGCCAUCCGACUGGAAGAACAAGAUGACAUUCAGAGAGAGGGUGGAGCUCUUCCACAAGCUCUUCCAGGCCAGCCAAUAACAAUCAGCUUCAGCCCAACUGAGGAGCAGGCGAAGCCUUAUCGAGUAGUCAAUCUCGCAAAGACUCCUAUCUGUAAGCCCUAUACGGUGGUGGAUGUGUCUGCCUCUAUGGCAACUAAGAAUGAACACACUCACUCAAGUGAAAGCACUCCAAAGUCAAGUGGGCCCAGUGUUGUGCUUUGCCCUUUUGCUGAACCCUGUCCUGUCUCACCCACCUCCCCUCAAUCCCCCAGAUGUCCACUUUCACCUGUGGCAUCUCCAUCUGUUUCAUUGUCUCCACUGAUGCCUCAGUCUCCUACAAGUUCUGCCUCUGGAGGACCCAGCGGUUUUCGCACAAAACCCGGCAGCAUCCGCUACCAAGAAGUGUGGACAUCUUGCACCAGCCCUCGACAGAAGAUCCCUAAAGUUGAUUUAACAAGCGGCAGUGCCGCUCCAAGACUCAUGAAUCACAAAUCAGCUCCCACAUCUCCAACUGCAGGAUUUGGCUCGGCCCGCACAGUCCCAACCAAAUCGCCUAACUUGUCUGAGAUCAAGUUUAACAGCUACAACAACGCUGGCAUGCCCCCGUUUCCCAUCAUUAUACGUGAUGAGCCUGCAUAUGCACGCAGCUCCAAAAAAGCAGUGAAAGUUCCCAUUGUGAUUAAUCCCAGUGCAUACGAUAACCUAGCUGUUUACAAGAGUUUCCUGGGGCUCAAUGGUGAGCUGCCACAUUCCAAGCCUGGGGCCGGAGAGCGAGUGGCCAGCCACACAUAUGAGGAAAUUGGAUCUUCAGACAGUUCCCAACCCUCGCUGUGUGAGCAGACACCACUUCAGCUGAAGCAAGCAACAGAUCUAACUGCUCCUGAAGAACUAAGGACCAUCACAGUGUCCGGACAUACUGUAAACGAUGGCAAAUCCAGGACUACGACAGGUGUCUCCAUCCUUCCUGUAGGUGGCCUGAGCCCUAGCCCUGCCAUUUUGGCACACAGCAGUCUGGAUCAUAUUCGCAACCCUAGCAGUGAGCAACCAGCAGAGGGCAGCAAAGAUUGCCAGGUCAUGUCAAAUGGAAGUUCAGGUCAGAGAGAGAAAGCAAGUGCCGUUCUGUCUCAAAUUGUGGCCUCCAUUCAGCCACCGCCUUCUCCUCCAGACUCCCCUGCUGGCCAGAGCAAGACAUGCAGUGCUGAGGAGCUUUACUCGCUGCCUCCAGACGCUUCCAGAGAUGUUCCUAACAGACCUAAAUCACUCCACUGUUCUGCAGAACCUCAAAAAGACACACCACCUAAAGUCCUUCCCAAAUCCCAGAGUGCUUCUGCUGCUGUUCCACCCACAAGCUCCAAAUCAGAACAUAGUGCCCCAUUUCCCCCAGCCCGGUCUAGCUCUUCUCCUUACCACUCAAGCAACCUGCUCCAGAGGCAUUUCAGCAAUUGGACCAGACCAGCUGGGGCCAAACCUGGUGAUGGAGAGACCAGUCCUAGUGCAGAGGGCAGGCGUUCAGCUGACAGUAACAAGCCCAAGCGCUGGAUUUCCUUCAAGAGUUUCUUCCGCCGGCGGAAGGAUGAGGAUGAACAGAAAGAGAAAAUGGAGCGAGAGAAGGAAAAAGGGAAGCUGCUUGGAUUGGAUGGGACUGUCAUCACAGUACUGCCUCCUCCACCUCUACAGAGACAGCACUGGUUUUCAGAAUCCAAAACGGAUGACCCUCACCAGAAACCUACGAUCAUAUUCACCUACAAAUCGGAGAGCACAGGUGGAGAGGAGGCGGAGCUUCGGGUUGAGGAGCACAAAGAAGGUGGCACAGCAGAAGGUGGAGCUUCCAGCCUGUCGACUCCACCCAAGAGCAGAGCCAGUAUCCUCAUUAGCAAAGUCAUGAAUCAGCUUCCAGUUCAGGAAACUGAGAUCUCCUCAGCCACCUCUCUUCCUGCUAAGCUGGAGUUGUCGCCCCUGCGCGAGCCGCCUGCCUCCUGUCCGCCCCCAGCAUCGCCCACCUCAAACAGCAGCAAGCAAGCAGAGCGAGAGGAAGAGGGAAUCACUUACAGCGUCUCACACUCUCCUGCAUCCAGCAGCUGUAGGGCCACUUACACCAACCUGGGUCAGUCCAGGGCCAACAUGAUCCCCAUAAAACAUCCUAGACAUCCUAAAACAUCCGAUGACACUUUAACCUCUGAACCAGAGGUCACCGAACCCAUGACAAAAUCCACCCCUCCACCGCUACCCAAAAAGUCAGUCCCACGUGCCCAAACAGAGCCAUCCGCUCUAGGUAGAGAUCUCUCUGCCCCCCGACCCAAAGGAGAGGCCAGACCAGGCGGGACCAGUCUGAGCGUCGCCAAUCCCCUCUACGAUCUCGAAUCCACGUGGGACACGGCCAGUCAGAGCUCCUCACUCAGCUCGGAGGCACGGCAUCCCGACGAAUCGGGAGACUCCCUUGAGCGUCCUGUCGGUGGCCGGAGCCUGUCUUGCCUAACCAGUAGCAGCUCCAUGCAGGCAUGCGACCGCCGAGGCUACCGAAGUACAGAGAGUCUGACAGCCCGGACACGAGGGGCUGGGAGGCCCACCAAAUCCCAGAAACAGGUGCCGUACCGAGGCAUGGAGAGCUGGGAGGAAGUAGUCGGGAGGAUCCGAGGUCUGCACACAGAUACCCUUCGCAAGUUGGCAGCCAGAUGUGAAGAUCGAUUUAUGGCCGGACAAAAAGAUCAUCUGCGCUUCGGAACAGACAGCUGGUCUCAUUUCCGGCUGACCGCAGGAAAACCCUGCUGCGAGGCAGGAGAUGCUGUGUAUUACAUGGCAUCUUUCGCUAAAGAACCUCUGACGAACUACGCCGUUAAGAUCUGUCGGGGAGUGGUGAAGGAGACUCAGCAGCAGUUUUUUCACAGCCUUGCAGUUCGGCAGAGUAUCGCUGUGCACUUCAACAUCCAGCAGGACUGUGGGCACUUCCUGGCAGACGUCCCGGCGCGCCUGCUGCCCUGGGAGCAAGAGGAGGAUGGAGAAGACAAGCAAGGUGGUACGGAAGGAGGAGAAGAGGAAAAAGGAAAGGAAAAUGAGAGAGAUGCGGCAGGUCCUGGAGGGAAACUCUGCAGCCGCGUUGUGGUGAUCACUCGAGAGGUGCCGUUCCAGACAGUGGCCGAUUUCGUAAGGGAAAGUGUGGAGAGGCACGCAAGAAACCCUGAGCUGUACGAACGGCAGGUGUGUCUCCUGCUGCUGCAGCUGUGUGCUGGACUAGAGCACAUGAAACCCUACCACGUCACUCACUGUGACCUCCGGCUCGAGAACCUCCUCCUGGUGCACUGUCUUCCCGGGAACCCUUGGAACCUGGAGCUCGUGGAACCGAACAACAACGCUGCGUCCGGACCUUCCUCCGCCGCGGCUUCCGCUUGCCCCGCCCGGCUCAUCAUCAGCAACUUCUCUCAGGCCAAACUCAAGAAUGUGGUGCUGGAGCCCACUUCGCUUCGAGACCAAUCCCGCCUGGCACCAGAGCUCCUCACUGCCACCCAAUACCGCAAGUGCGACGAAUUCCAGACCGGGAUACUGAUCUAUGAGAUGCUGCAUCGACCGAAUCCAUUCGAGGAAUGUCCGGAACUAAAGCAGAGGGAAUACUGCAGCUCCGACUUGCCCCAGCUCCCCCUACGAUCCCUGUACUCCAACGGUCUUCAACAGCUCGCCACGUUGCUGCUCAAUCCCAACCCUUCCGAGCGCAUCCAGAUGGCGGACGCUAGGGCGUGUUUGCAAUGUCUGCUGUGGGGCCCCCGAGAGGAUCUGUUCAAUUCGUUGAACCCUUCCGCCGGGACAGUCCAGCGCCACACUGUCCUGCAGAACUGGCUGGACCUGAAGCGAACGCUUAUGAUGAUCAAGUUCGCAGAGCGUUCUUUGGACACGGGCUGCGGUGUGAGUCUUGAGGACUGGUUGUGCUGUCAGUAUCUGGCUUUCGCGACGACCGAAUCUCUGAGCAGAGUGAUCAAGAUCCUGCAGCAGCCGCAGGGCGUGCUUAUCUGAUCGCAUCUGUUCUUGCGAAUGAGGCUGGGGCGUGUAGACAUGUUGCGCUGUACAGACGUGUGAUUUUUAUUCGAGGAAACCAUAUCGUUUGACUUUGUGGUUAAUGUGUUUGGGUUUGGUUUACUUUUAAAGGGUUAGUUCAGCCCAGGAUGAAAAUUCUGUCAUUACGCACCCUCGUGAGGAAUUAAUCCAGUAAGACUUUUGUUCUUCUUCUGAAGACAAAUAUUUUGAAUAAAAUCAAAGAGCUAUCUGAUUCUCCAUAGACAGCAACACAACUGAAAUGUUCCCAGCUCCUGAAACGUAGCAAAUACAUAAUUAAAACAGUCCGUGUGUCAGUUUUGCGAUGCUACAAGAAUCCUUUUUUUUUUUGUGCAUAAAAAAAUUUUAAUAAAAUAAUUUACUCAACCAUUCUUCUUCCUUGGGUGCUUAAGAAUGUAUUUGAAGUUGCCUAUGUUCAGGGGAAAGUGCACACAUGAACGUAAUAAGCGUUGUUUAGUCUUUGGGAAAAGUGUGCAUAUGCAUUGUGAUUCACUCUAAAAUAAAGAAGAAUGGUUGAGUAAAUAGUUAUUUUGGUUUUCUUUGCAAGUUUUACUGAUGUUUACAACGUUUCUGGAACUGGGAAAAUUUGAGUUGUGCUGCUGUCUAUGGAGGGACAGAUAGCUCUCCAAUUUUAUCAAAAAUAUCUUAAUUUGUGUGCCGAACAUAAACAAAGAUCUCACGGGUUCGAAACGGCAUGAGGGUGUGUAAUUUACGACAGACUUUUCAUUUUGGGGAGAACUAACCCUUUAAUACCAUGCAGAGAGUCCGAACAAACCGUUUACAGGAUGAAAAGUGACAAAGUGAAGUCAUAUUUAACUCCACAGAUAAUGGCACAUUUAUAGAGCUGCUUUUAUAAACAAGUGAAACUGCAUGACGUGUGUGUACGUGUGAGUGUGUUGUGGGUUUUCUGCCGGUGUGUUUAGUUACGCUUUUUAUUCUGCUGUAGGGACUUGAGUGUAUCAGCAGGAAACCACUGAUCUGACAUGAUUUAUGAUUCCUAUUGGAUAGCUAUUAUAUAAUCAUCACAUAUCAGAGUUUGUGCCAGGGGGCGCCAAAAUAAGAGUCCUCUAGUGGACAAGUUAGGUCAGUGAAUGAACGAGUCUAACAAGCCUUACUUUAUAUGUGUGUGUGUGUGUGUGUGUGUAUACAUAUAUAUAUGAGAGAGAGAGAGAGAUUUAUGGAAAGUGUCUAUCAUCAGUCAUUUCACUCGAAUAUGUUUAUCAGAUCCUGAUACAUCGUACCGAUUAGUUCGAGAGUACAGAUUGGAUAUUUUUCUACCACAAUAAGAGCACUGUAAAGUUUACCAAAGACUAAAUACUCUGAACCACAAAGAUCAAAACAUAUUUUUUACAUUUUGCAUAGUCAAAGAGAAGAUCUUAAUACUCUCCCUCUUAAAGAAAGUGUCCUUAUAUACCUAAAACAAAUGCAGUUUAGUUCUUCAGCGGUACUUUGGCUCUCUAAAGUACACAGGCGCAUUUCCUAUCAGAGGGAUUGGCGGCAAACUCACUUUAAUCAAACUAGAGUCACUCCAGAUUCUGAUCGUAGCGUUCACACUAGGCUCUGAACUGCUUUUGAGACCUAUCGGGAUGAAUCUAACCCCGGCCCGACCCGGAUAUCACUACGCGGAUGUAUGUGCAAUCAUUAAAAGCAAGUGUUAAAAUUUGUUACAGUAUUUUAGAUAUAUUUAACGCACUUGAUGUUCUCAGCAUGCAAAUAUUCUUUAUCUUCCUGUUCCUGUUUGGCACAUAAUCGAUGGGGUUGCAAGCUUUGGGUCAGACUCACAGCGAGGCGUAUGCGAGGAUAUUUGAUUUGUGUGUGUGACGCAUUAGUAUGAACAAGGGACAGCACAUUCUUCAGCAUUUUGUCCUUGUUGUAGUGUUAUUUUAAGCGCGGGUGUGCGUUUCAGGUGAUUGCGGUAUAUAGACGAACUUCGGAGUGAAAUGCGAGACGCGCGCGAGCGAGCUGCAUCCCAGUUUGCUUUCCUCUGCAUACUACAGCUAUAUAUUAUAAGUGCUGAUGGGGAAAAUGCAUUCUUGAGUAUGUAGUAUGCUAUGCAAAGAUUGACUUGUAGAUACAUUUAUUAUUUUACUAUUAUUAUUUAAAACUGCUGUUACAGCUUUGGUGUUGAAAGUCCUAAUUAUUCACUAUUACUGCUAACAAAGUAUUGUUACAAGCCCCGUCUCUUCUGUAAUGCAAGGGAUCGUGGGUAAGAUUGGCUCAAAAGGCAUCCACAGAAAAAGUAUACUAUCCAGGCACCUUGAGGAUGUUUUUUUUUUUGACAUACUCCGCUUUGUGGAACACUAUAGAAAACUCUGCAUACUUUGUAGUAUGGAUAGUAUUCAAAUUGGGAUGCAGAUAUUGUCACGCCUCCCUGUUUCUAUUUCAUUUACAUGUUCAGGUGAAAGAAAGGGAUUGCAGAAAGGGAUUUAAUGAUUCAAGGGUUCGCGUGAGGUCACUGGAUAGUGUCUCUGUCGAUCACAAACUAGGGCGGGACCAUCGGUUUGCUCCCAUUUUCCUUUUCCGAAGCAGCAGUUACAGUUACAUCAAUUCCAUUUUAGAGAAACGGGAAUAAUGCGUGUGUGUGUGUGUGUGUGUGCGAAAGAGAAAAAUUGCAGUGUGUCACGCCGAACGUUUGCGGGUCACACUGUAGCAAUAUGUUGUAUUGAAUUGUAUUUGUAUAUAAUAAUUUGAGUGUAGUUUAAAUUCAUUUUAGCAGUACAGGCACGAUUCUGUGUCACAGAAAGGACUGAGAGAGAGUGAAAGUAUCAGCAGAUGUCUGUAACCUGGAGAACGUGUGUGUGUGUGUGUGUGUGUGUGUGUGUGUGUGUGUGUGUGUGUGUGUGUGUGUGUGUGUGUGUGUGUGUGUGUGUGUGUGUGUGUGUGUGUGUGUUUUAUUUUUUUUGCUCACCCACCAUCAGUUUUUCACAUCAUUUCACUGAAAUCAUGUAUUUACUGUUAUUUACAAAUGUUCAUUGCCAGUGAUGAUUUCACAAAACUGCUUUUACCUACAACUGCAUAUCUCAUGGUAUUUAGCUCUACAUUACCGAGUUAACUGCUCAUAAUAAAACUAUGAAUAUGUUUUUAAA